CGGUUGACAUUCUUCAUUCUCAUCCUACUGUACCAAGCGGUGCGAACCCAGAGUGACGGCGGCGCCAUCCAUUAGAAACCGCCAGCAAUCCGGGAGCCAUAUGACUGAACUCUUCUCCACUCCCGCUUCUCACGCUUUCGACCAUUCCGAGCUUCUUGAAACGGGUGGUCCGUCUGCGUCUUCCUCAAACUUUGGCAAUGCGACAGAGGACAUGGAUAUCGAAGCGGCGUUCGAGGUAGAAGAUACCGUAUCGAGGAUAUUGGAAGGAGGAUACAAGACGAUUGGUUUACAGUUCCCCGAUGAGCUCUUACCAAAGUCUGUCAAGGUCUUCAAAGCUAUUCAGAAACGAAUCGCUGCAGCAGGCGCUCAAGCGUACGUUUUGGCAGAUAGCACGUAUGGAAGUUGCUGUCCAGACGUCUUGAGCUGCUUGCAUCUUCCUGCAGAUUUUCUGGUUCAUUAUGGACAUGCUUGUCUGACUCCGACGAGCGCUCUUCCGGUCCAUUAUGUCUUUCCUCGAGUCAAGCUCGACGUGUCACACGCAGCGAGAGAGCUGGAGAAGAUCUCGAAACCUGAUCUUGAGGGCUCAUCUGAAGACGUGCGCAAAGGCAUCAUCGUGGUCUGGGAUGUGGGCGUCGAUUGGCUGGCAGAUGAGAUCUGCUCGACUUUCUCCACAGUCAAUCAGGUUCCCAUCUCUUUCGCGACUAUUCAACGUCCGGCUCAUCUCCCCAAUUCCUCACGCGCGGCUGAGAAAGCUCCUGCUUUACGGUCGAUCGAACCGCCCUCCGGAUUGACCAUGGCAGAAUGUGUCAUCUUGUAUAUCGGUGAAGAGGGCAGGAGCUUGUUAAAUUUGCAAAUGACCCAUGCGGGCAAUCCGUUAUACGCCUACUCUCCCUCCUUGAACCAAGCCACCGCCCUCCACCCAACGUCAUCUCGUCUUCUAUCCCGUCGCCUCUUCGCAGUCCAUCAAGCCAUGUCAGCGGACAUAUUCGGACUGAUCGUUGGCAAUGUCGGUUUGGCCCAUUCUCAACCACUCCUCGCUCAACUCCGACGAGUGCUCGCGAAACAUCGAAAGAAAUCGUACACGCUCAGUGUGGGUAGAUUGAACCCUGCCAAGCUGGCAAACUUUGAGACGAUCGAAUGUUUCGUCCUGGUCGGAUGUGCGGAAGGAGGCGUGGUAGAUUCCAAGGAUUUUUAUCGGCCCAUUAUCACUCCUUGGGAGCUGUUACUCUCUUUGCAAGGACCCGAGGGCCAGUGGGAACCUUCAAAAUGGACACUAGACAUCGCAUCUGUUCUGAAAUUCGCUGAAGAACAAGGUCAUGGUCGCGGCGAUGAAUCUCAACUGCCCGGUGAAAAUGGUUCGAAUGAUCAGACGGAUCCUGAUGAUCCUCAAUUCGAUCUGGUCACUGGCACUCUCCGCACUCGUAAAGUCUUUGGACGAUCACGAGACGAAACACCAACAGAUGAGAUGGACGCCUUGACGUUGCGGAACCAGUCGUCCACGUUGAUCAAACUGGAAUCUGCGGGCAGUCGAUACUUAUCCAGUCGACAGUUCAAAGGUCUCGAAGCUAGAGUUGGGAUGGAUGAGCCGGCCUCAUUGGAGCAAGGCCGCAGCGGGAUCGCGAGAGGGUAUGAGGAGGAAAAGUAGAGUGUGACGCUGGGUGCCUAAAGGGUGGGGGUGGGAGGACUGACCGGGGGAUGGCGGGUACAGCUCGCUGAGGUGCUCAUGCCUGCAUCGGCGACUGCUUGCUGCGAUGUAUAGCAUGCCUGUGCGAUGCGCGGCAUUCCUCUCAACAACGUUUUCUGAUGAUUGAUCGCCUGGAGUCUGGGUGAUCGCCGCAUUAAUAAGCUGUUUUGUAGACGUGGAAGCGCGUGUGAGGACGUGGCACCACCAAAACCGGCGCGAGCUCCAAAGGAGCUUUCAAUUUCAAUUUGUAUUAGAG